AUAUUUUUUGAUAAAAAAAUGAUAAAGAUGAAAAAUUGAAAAAUAUGCUGAAAAAUUCGCACGUUUCCUCUUCGAGUCAGAAUAAUUAACUGUCGUUAUUUCUAACUAAAUAAUUGAUCUGAAAAUGUAUGCUCGUAAUACGUAGUUUCUACACCGUUCAUUGUUAAUCACCAUUUACAUAAGUCAUGGAAAUCGAUACACCGGAGAAACAGUAUAUUCGAACUGUAGAAGAUGUAACUAAGAUCAUACAUCAUGCUAAAUUAAACGAAAAAACUUUAGCUCCCAUCUCCCAAGCAAUUUACUUUUCCGGCGAUACCAAACAAUACCGAUUGUUAGAACUCGAUAACGAAUUACUCUCGAAAUUGAAAAAUGGCAUCGAAUUAUCAUUCAAAGGGAAAAAAGAUCAGAAAGCUGUGCUGUGUUCGGAUUGUAAAACUUACGAAGUAAAAGAAGCCGAAACUUCGAAUUCUCUUCUUCUCAUUCCGCAGCUGAAGUUUCCCGAUGACCACAAGUCUUAUUCUGGUGAAAGGAUGGUUGAAGAUAAAGAAGUGAUCGGAGUAUUUCACACGUAUUUAGAAGUUAAACCAUGUAAACCAAAGUUCCAAAAAUUGAGAAAAAUUCUCGAAUCGAGUUCGUUCCGAGGUUCGGAACUAGAACCAGAGCUACGCGAUUCCGGAGUAACGAUGUAUUCCACCGAAGAACUUCUCCAUGAAAUUCAAGCUAGUCACGUAGAGUUGAUUACUGCCUUGAAUGAUAUAUACGCUUUCCAAUUAGAUGGUAAAUGGAGGAUACUAGAAUUCCAGUACCAUUUCAGAGUAUUAUCUGCAUUUAUGAAUGUAAUCGAUACGCAGUCGUGGAAAUGUGAUGAAAUACCUGCCGAUGAAGUUAUGGAAUUACUGGAUGGGAUCGUACCAUCGUAUAUAGUGCAAUACUUACUGUCCAUUUAUACCGAAGAAGUACCUCAAAACACAUCUUCAGAUGGUCGUGUGGUUAAAUUAAUCGAAGAUAGAGUAUGCAGAAUGUUGGGCGAAUCCACGUUGAAAAGAUUUUCUCAUUUUGAACUGAAAGAUUUUCUAAACGUUUGGCAAGGAGCCGUACCUGAAGGUUUGGUUACAAAUCUACGCCAGUUGGACGGUCUAGUUUAUAUAGACGUACAAAAGAAUCAAAAAAAUAUAAAUUAUUGUCCAGAAUACGAAUUAGCCGAAGAUCCGGGAGAAAGAAUACAUCACUUAUUUCAACUGAAACCCAAAUGGACCAUAGAAGAAAUCAAGCCAUAUAUUCAGGUAUUCGCGACUGAAAAAGUGAAUGAAAAUAUGAUUUUGAUGAAGUACGCCAGAGCAUCGAACAACAACGGAGUUCGUUUCUAUUCGAGUAAACAUGGAAAAUAAUUCUGGUUAGUUUAUCGAAGAAAACAUCUGUGAAAUAUUUAAAACAUCUUGUAACUGAAUGAAAAUCGCCAAAUACGUGACAACUGUUCCGAAAAUCUGUCAAAUGAAGAUCACGUAUUAUCGAAUCAAUGGAUAUGAUGGAAAUAAUUGGAUCCAUUAACCAUUACUUACCAAUAAAACAGUAGCUUUAUUCAAUUUGAAUGUAUUAAACACCUUGAACUCAGCUUUAUGGAUGCAUAAGUUUGUUUGUUGUGUUUCUAUCUGUCAAAACAAUAGGACUGAGAAUUCAAAUUGGAUCGUUCUGAGUUUCUAACGAAAUACUACUUACAAUAUCUAUGUCUGCGUCUCUCAAGUGGUAUUCUGCGUAUUCACAUAAUACGUAUUGUGUUUUUUUAGCCUGCAACAAUCAAUUUUUCUGAGUUUUAAUGUAUAAAUUUAAAAAAUAAAAAAUAAACGAA